UCUCCCUCGAGGACGGGUCUCCCACACGGGUCGCCGCUACUGUUCCUAUAGUAACCUCGGCCGAAGAUUGGAGCCGAAAUUGGGUGCAUUGUUCAGUGACGCUCAACCGGAAGGCGGACGAGAGCGAUGGCGCAUUUUCGCUGUUGCUUUGAACUCGUCGCGGUUUAACAUAUUUUAUCAACAUGAUGAAAAGUGACUGAUGCGAUAUAAAGGAUUCUUUAUAAAUUGUGUAUAACAUACGUUCGAAAAAUGCUCUCUACACUCCUGCUUCACAAAAAGAUUAUAAGAGGAAUAACCAGCACCUUGAUGCGACAAGAUCCGCGUUACGUGCUGAGCUACGCUUUUCUGGAAUAUCUCUAUCGUAGAUUGCAAAGGAUGUUUGAACAAAAUCUUUGCUGGAUUACGCUACCGGAUAUAGUUUUUAAACAUAAGCUGGAUGAUCUGGAAGAUACACAAAAUAAAUACAUCGAUUUUGAUUCCUGUGCGUUAGCGAAUAUACGAUUUUCAAAGGAAUCGUCGAGUUCCUGGUUUCACGUAUGCUCGAUGACUUCAAUGGCAAGAUAUAAAUUAAUGAUUAUAUCCGCACCUGAUGUUUGUGAAAACACUAUCCUAAUCUCUGAAACGAUGCGGCAUAAUUUGCAAAACGCCCUUCAUUGCGAACAAUUGGAUGAAUCAUGUUUUAUAUUGCCAUUGGAAGAUGAUGUAGUCGAAUUUGCGAGCGAGGCGAGAAUAUCCUUAAUCGCCAAUCCGUACGAUUGCGCUACCGAAAUGAUGGAUGUCAUGCUGGAGAAUUAUUUUUUACAUCCUCGAUAUUUACAUGUAAAUGAUGUAUUUAAAAUCGAUGCGAAAGAAUACGCUCAAGAUCAAUUUUACUUAUCCGGAUCACCGGCGAUUUGCACCAUGUAUUUUACGGUUAAAUCCUUAAAAGUAGAUCAUCAUGGACGUAGCGAUAACGUCAACGGCUGUUACGUCGUGCGUGGAGAAUCGACGCUCAUCCAGCAGGCACGAGUCCACGAUUAUAUCCCGCGGAGGCACGUUUUUACAUUUCCCGAAAGCAAAUAUCCAUCAGCUUUGACGGAACCUUUGGAACAUUUAGUAUCCUGCGUCAGACCGUUCCUGAAGAAGAAUGUACAGUUGCAUGUAAGGCCAGUGUUUCUCGUGAAAGGACCGCGAGGCUGUGGCAAACGCGAAUUGGUUCGAAUCGCGUCCGCGAGAAUGGGAUUGAACUUUCUUUGCGUUGACUUUGCGGAGGUGCAAACUCUAACGGCGGCGCAAACUGAGGCUAAACUUCGCAUAACGUUACAUAAUGCACAGCAAUGCGUACCAUGCAUAUUAUAUCUGAAUAAUAUUCAAAUAUUCGGCAAGACUGCCGAGGGUCAAAAGGACGAGAGGAUUAUAUCUGCUUUUUCGACGGAGAUUACCACGUUAUACGCUAGUAGACAAAGAUUUCCUCUGAUCAUCAUCGCCGCUUCGGAGACUGAUUUACCCGCGGAACUGCAACGAAUAUUUAUCGAGACGAUUCACGUCAAGCAUUUGAAUCAGAAUAAACGGACGGAACUGAUGUCUUGGUUGCUAUCUGAAAAGAAUUUAACGACUACCGCAGAUCUAUCAAAAGUCUCUGGUUUUUGUUCGGAUUUCAGAUUUGCAGAUUUGAUGGCGUUGACAUUGCAUGCGGCUAAAUAUCGAUACAAAUCAUGGAUAUCGUCCGAGUCUAAAAUCUUGACGCAAACAGAUUUCGACCGAGCUUACGAAUAUAUGCAAUCCAUAUAUUCAGAUAGUAAAGGCGCUCCACGUGUGCCGGAAGUUCACUGGGAUGACAUAGGCGGUUUGGCGGAAUUGAAGCACGAAAUUAUUCGUAGAAUCCAAUUGCCAUUGUUGAACGCCUUCGGAUUUGGACAAUCCGGAUUACUAUUAUACGGUCCGCCCGGCACCGGGAAGACUCUUCUCGCUAAAGCGGUAGCGACAGAAUAUCAAUUACACUUUUUAUCCAUCAAAGGUCCGGAAGUGUUGAACAUGUAUGUCGGUCAGAGCGAGAAGAACGUAAGGCAAAUUUUUGAACGUGCGCGUUCCGCGGCCCCUUGUAUCAUCUUUUUCGACGAGCUGGACUCAUUGGCACCUAAUCGCGGUAGAAGCGGCGACAGCGGCGGCGUAAUGGACCGCGUGGUCUCUCAAUUACUCGCCGAGAUGGAUGGCCUCGACGAGUCUGGUGGCAUAUUCAUCAUAGGGGCCACAAACAGACCUGAUCUCAUAGAUCCCGCUCUGCUCCGACCCGGAAGAUUCGAUAAGAUGCUCUAUGUCGGCAUUCAUUCCGACAGCGCGUCCAAACUUAGUGUUUUACAGGCGCAAACGCGAAAAUUCGAAUUACGGGAGAACGGACGAGAGCUGGAACGAGUCGUGGAUCAAUUGCCCGAUAACGUCACCGGUGCAGACCUGUAUUCCGUUUCUUCCAAUGCAUGGCUCAACGCUGUGCGCGAAGUUGUCGCAAGAUAUCAGGAAAGAAAAAAAUUCAACAAAGACUUCUCUAUCGAAGAAGAUAUGAUUAAAGAUAGUAUUAUCGUAGAACUGCGACAUUUUUCGGACGCUAUUCGCGACUUGGUACCUUCUGUUAGUGACGAAGAGAUAGAGAGAUACAACAAAAUGCGUACAGAGUUAUCAACAUCAUAAUUUAAAGAAAUUGUGCCUUAAGGUAUGGUAAAAUAUAUUUCUAUUAAGGAUCUUAAAUAUAGCUAUCUGU